UUCGACGAGCAAGGUUAAUUUAAUUCCCAUAAUUUCUAGUUUAUUAAUAGUGCCCAUUGUUAUGACACACGUAUCUCUCAAGAAUGUUGUUGACAUUAUUUUAUGAUAAAAUAUGAUUUCCUAUUUUUAUCAGUUGAAAAGCAACCUUCGAUUGCGUAAGACACACAUCGUCGAAUCGACUACUAGUUAGUAAUAAACGUAAAUGUUUGUUCGUCGAUUCGACUACUAGUUAGUGAUACACGCUGUUUUUGGUUCAUCGAUUUGACGUAUAGUUAUAAAUAAAGGUUUAAAAAUGGCAUGUGAACUGGAUGAUGACGAAGUAAUGCGUUUACUUGUAGAAAUUAAUUCAGAUGACAGUGAAAUUGAGGACAACAUUAUUGAAGAUUUUGAGGAGGAAGAUAGCGAUGCGGAUCCAGAAUAUUAUCCACCUGCAAUUCAAGAUGAAGAUAUGAUUGAGAACAUCAUAAAUAUUCAAAAUGAAGCUAGUAAAAAAAAACCUGUGAAAAACAAGGGUAAGAAAAGAAAAAACCCUCCUGCUAACACCUGUGAAACAGAGUUACCAAUAAGCUCCAGAAUUUUUUUUGAAAAUGACAACGUAGUUGGAAAGAAUGGAUUUAAAUGGCAAAGUAAAUGUAAUUUGAUUCCUUCUACUUCUAAAAUCAGUUCAAAAAAUAUUGUACAUAUUACACCAGGACCAUUAGGAAAUGCUUUAUUUUCAAACGAACCCGUAGAGUGCUUUUUAUUAUUUUUUUCUUCUGAUUUGUUUGCGAAAAUAAUAAGUCAUACUAAUGAAGAAAUUGUUCUCCAAAAACAAAAAUAUGCGCAAAACGUACAAAAUAAAAGUACAUUUCAAAAUAUUAACUUAAAUGAAUUUAAAGGCCUUUUAGGUAUUUUAAUAGCUUCCGCGGCAAUGAAAAAUAACCAUUUAAAUGCAGUCAAUCUAUUUGACCACUCACUUUGUGGUUAUAGGUAUCGCUCUACUAUGUCACUUGCAAGGUUUAAUUUUAUAAUUAAUUGUUUACGAUUUGAUUUAAAAAAUACUCGGGACAAAAGAAAAACUAUUACCAAAUUUGCACCAAUUUCUGAAACUUGGGACAUUCUCAUGAAGAACUGUCAAAAGUGGUACAAACCAGGAUUAUACCUAACAAUAGACGAACAGUUAGUUGGUUUUCGAGGUCGUUGACCGUUUAAAAUGUAUAUUCCGUCAAAACCAAAUAAAUAUGGAAUAAAAAUAAUUAUGAUGUGUGACAAUUCAACAAAAUAUAUGAUAAGUGAAAUUCCAUAUUGCGGGAAAGGAACUGUCCCAAGUAACGUGUCUGCAUCAAAUUAUUUUGUUGAACAGUUAAUAUCGUCAGUAAAAUGAUCAAACCGCAAUAUUACAAUGGACAAUUGGUUCACAAAUAUUCCUCUUACACAAAAACUACUAAAAGAUUAUAAACUUACAGUAAUUGGUACGAUCAAAAAAUAAUAAGAGAGAAUUCCCUGUUGAAUUUACUGACUUAAAAUAUUCUAAUCGAGCAGUAAAUACAUCGCUAUUUUUAUUUUCAAACAAUUUGACUGCUGUCUCUUACAAAACAAAACCAACUAAACUCGUUACAUUAGUGUCUUCCCUGCAUAGUGAUGACUCUAUAAAUGAAACUACUAAAAAGCUAACAAUUGUAAUGCACUAUAAUGAAACUAAAGGUGGCGUGGAUAGUUUUGACCAAAUGUAUCAUAACAUGAAUGCCGGUAGAAAAACUAAACGAUGGCCAUUGUACAUUUUUUAUAAUAUGAUAAAUAUAGCAUCAAUAAAUGCUUAUGUUAUAUACGUACACAAUUUUUACAAAAACAGGAAAGACACUAUAAAACCUUUAUCACGCUUCCAAUUUAUGAUACGCUUACAAGAGCAGUUGGUUGAGGAUUGCAUGAGAUCAAGGCUUUCGAAUAGUAAGCUACCCCAUAAUUUGAAAAAAAAUAUUGAAGAUUGCUUGGGAAUAAAAAACGUAACACAAACACAAGAUCGACCGACUGAAGAAGAACUGUCAAGUAAAAAAAGAAAAGUUUGUAGCUUCUGCGACUACAAAAAAAGGCGAAUGACUAAAUCACAAUGUUCUACAUGUCAAAAACACAUAUGCGGCGAACACCAAAUUAUAAAAUGU